AGUGGCAGGGACUGCGAGACCAGGCAGGAUGGGGAAAGAUGAACAGAGCAAACUACAGAGAGAUCCUUGAUGAAAACCUGCUCCAGAGUGUUCUUGACCUCAGACUUGGGUGAAGGUUCACCUUCCAAAAGGACAAUGACCCGAAGCACAAGCCAAGAUAACGCAGGAAUGGCUUCGGAAAAAGUCUCUGAAUGUCCUUGAGUGGCCCAGCCAGAGCCCGGACUUGAACCCGAUCAAACAUCUCUGGAGAAACCUUAAAAUAGCUGUGCAGCGACACUCCCCAUCCCACCUGACAGGACCUGACAGGACCUGAGAGGAUCUGCAGAGAAGAAUGGGAUAAACUCCCCAAACACAGGUGUGCCAAGCUUGUAGCGUAAUACCCAAGAGGACUCAAGGCUGUAAUCGCUGCCAAAGGUGCUUCAAUAAAGUACGGAGUAAAGGUUCUGAAUACUUAUGUAAAUGUGAUAUUUCAGAUUUGUAUUUUUAAUAGAUUUACAAAAAUUUCUAAAAAUCUGUUUUUGCUUGGUCAUUAUGGGAUAUUGUGUGUAGAUUGAUGAGGGGCAAACUAUGGAUUCAAUUUUAGAAUAACUCUGUAACGUAGCAAAAUGUGGAAAAUGUCAAGGGAUCUGAAUACUUUCUAAAUCCACUGUAUAUGAGAGGAUACUGGUCUGUAAAUCAGACUGGUCUCAUCACAUGGACAUCUAUAUCAUCAGAUGCAUUGGUGUUGUCCUAGAAAUACAUUCUAGUUAUAUUGCUAUGGGUAUACUUAAUUCUGCAUUUAGGUGGUAAACCAUACACAUAUUUAUGUUAAUGGAGAUUUAAUUUAGCUCAAUACGUGUUGUAUAUAUUUAGGCUACCUAAUGGUGCAGUGGUCUAAGGCACUGCAUCUCAGUGCUAGUGGCAUCACUGCAGACCCUGGUUCAAUCCCUGGCUGUGAUCGGGAGUCCCAUUGAGCAAUUGGCCCAGCGUCAUCCGGGUUAGGAGAGGCUGUCAUUGUAAAUAAGACUUGUCUGGUUAAAUUCAAUUAAAAAAAAUACUUGGCAGGCAGCCAGACAGAUAAAAUACAUAAAUAUGUCUAUGUUAGUUAACAUAUCAUGUCUGUGAUUUUCAGAGGGAUCUCAAAUAUCUUGCUCCUCUGCUAAAAUAUAAUUUAAUCGCGUUUUAAAGGAAACCAUCUUGUGUUCCAUUUAAACCAGCAGAGGGGGUUGUCAUUCACAACCAAACCAGACAAAGAGAGAGAGAAAGAAGAGCGAGAGAGAAAGAAGAGCGAGAGAGAGAGAGAGAGAGAGAGAGAGACAGAGACAGAGACAGAGACAGAGACUAGAGGCCACUCAAAGAGUGGGGGAAUUCAUCCUUGGUAUUUUAAGGGGGUGUUUUAAAUAUAUAUUUUCCCCCUGUUUGUAUCCCCCCUAUUACAAGUAAUAAAUCCACAGGCUCUGGAUCUGGACACUGGGCAGACCAGACACAACAUCCACAGCAUAACAAAGGAGGACUAAGGAAAUUUACAGUCUAGCUCAAUGUCUCUGUUAUGGAUAGUGAUACUACCAGUAACAGCCUUUGCAUUUCAUGUGGAGCUAAAACCAAAGAGUGCAUUUUUCAGAGUUGGUGAUAGGCAGGAGCUGCGAUGUUCGGUGAAGGAUUGUAACGAAAAGGUUACUAUGUCCUGGGCUUUGCUGGGGGAUAAGCCCAUGUUUGCUAAAAUACACACCUCAGGAUCGGAAUCCGUGGCGGCCUUUGACCCUGUGAUGACAGUACAUGAUGACAUACUUCUCUGCAAAGUCAGUUGCGGAGCAUUGACCAAACAACAGCGUGUGGUUGUCAAAGUGUACUCAUUUCCAGAGGCACCUGUCAUAUCAGGCUACGACCAUCUUCUCUUGGGCCAGUCCAACACUCUGACAUGUGAGGUGAUAGAUGCUUAUCCCGUGGAGCACCUGCGACUUGAGUGGCUGCGAGGAGACAGCAUGCUCCAGACAGACGCAGAGUCCGUUGUAUCUACCUACAGGUUCACUCCUACCCCAGAGGACAAAGAGACAAGCAUCACAUGCAGAGCCUCUCACGAUCAGGAUGGUGUGCCUGAUGAAGAGAAGACCAAGGAAACCACCGUAUCUCUCACAGUGCUUUAUGCGCCACAGAAUAUAUCAAUAUCUGAGCUGACUGCUGUGAGAGUUGGCUCCAGUCUCACAUUGUCAUGCCAUGCUGAAGGGAACCCCAGACCAGAUACACAGUGGAAGGCCAUUGGUCCAGAUGGACAGGCUGUUAUUGUGGGGCAGAGCGAGGAGCUUGUCCUUACAGAGAUGACACUGGUGGAUGCUGGUCAAUAUGAGUGUGUGGUGAGCAACACCAUUGGAAACAGCACAGCCAGCGUGAACGUCAUUGUUCAAGCUCCCCCAACCAACACUACCAUCACAGUGAGCCCAGCCAGUGAGGUGAAGGAAGGGGAGAGUGUGACGGUGUCCUGCCUGUCGGACGGAGCUCCGGUGGUACGUAUGGUGCUGAGGAGACUCUCUGAGGACCAGGAUGUAGAACUCCAGUCCAGCAACGGAUUCUCCACCUCCUUCACCCUCUCCUCUGCCCUGCUAGCAGACUCUGCUCUCUACCAGUGCCAGGCCUUCAAUGAACAUGGCAGUCAGAAGGUCAGCGCCUUGCUCUCUGUUGAAGAGUAUCCCCUGGAGGUGGCGAUGGAUGUGGGGGUGACGGCUGAGAUGGGAUCCAACCUGGUGCUCUCCUGCCGGGCUUGGGGCUGUCCCCAGCCAGCCUUCUACUGGAGCAGCAUGCUGGACAUGUCCGUCCAUAGCCGUGCACACACCCAGGACUCCCUCUCCCAGCUCUACCUGGGCCCACUUGGGCUGAUCAACGAGCAAGCCUACACCUGUGAGGCCAAGUGUGGCUCUGUCAUUAAGGCCAAGCACGCUGAGGUCAAGGUCUUCUCUUUCCCCUCGGACCCUAUCAUCGAGAACACUGGCCCCUUUCUGGAACACGGAGUUGGCAUCUUUUUUUGUUCGGUAGCCAACGUCUACCCAGCCAGUCUCCUGCAGAUCCAGUGGCUUGAUGGGGAAAUCGAGCUAGCCUCCGAGAUGGGACAGUAUUCCAGUGAACUCCAGAAUGUGACGUCAACGCUUUCUUUCUCGAUUGGACCGGAGGACCAGGGCAGACAGAUCACCUGCAGAGUCAGUCUUCAGAUGGAUGAAGUCCCUCAGAGUGGGAGAGAGAGGCAGGCAGUGACUGUACUGGAGCUCCACUAUGCCCCCAGGGGAACCACCAUCACAGUGAGCCCAGCCAACGAGGUGAAGGAAGGGGAGAGCGUGGCGGUGUCCUGCCUGUCGGACGGAGUUCCGGUGGGACGUAUGGUGCUGAGGAGACUCUCUGAGGACCAGGAUAUAGAACUCCAGUCCAGCAACAGAUUCUCCACCUCCUUCACCCUCUCCUCUGCCCUGCUAGCAGAUUCUGCUCUCUACUGGUGCGAGGCCUUCAAUGAGCUCGGCAGCCAGCGAGCUAGCACAUACAUUACAGUCAAAGCACCUCCUAGGAACACAACAGUCCUGAUAUAUCCAUCUGCUGAGGUGCAGGAAGGCCAAAAUGUCACCAUCUGCUGUCACUCUGUCAGUUUCCCCCCACCUGCUGUGGUUUUAAGGAAACUGGAUAAUGGCACAGAGCUCUACUCCCCGGAUGGGAACUUCCUGCUGGUUAACCUUACGCCCAAUGAUACAGGCCUAUACCAGGUGAAUGUUACCAAUGACCUGGGUUAUGAGACCGAGAUCUUCAGCAUCAACGUCAUAGAGAAGCACUCCAGUACUUCACCAGACUGGAACCACGUAGUCAUUCCUGCUGUCUGUGUGGGUAUCAUGGUGACCACCACGGGCCUAAUCCUGGACUACCUGAGGAGAGCCAGGAGGAAGGGCUUCUAUGAGCUGGCAAAGUGUAAGCCCGGGUCUGCAUAGACUAGAGGAGUCUAAAACCUGCGGUCCAGAGCCAGAUUGUGGCCCCCACUUAUGCUACCAAAAUGACCAUGUACUGUAUGAGUAUCACAUCGGUGAGUGUUUUGUGGUUCCUCAGGCAAAAUGACUUUUACACUGUGUGCAGAGGCAUACCAAGGGACAGACCUACCUGGAGUGGAGAGGGAACAGACGAGAGGUCCGCCCACUGUCAGGUCUCCGUUGAAGGGCAGAGGACAAGGCCGUAUGACCUUUGGAUGUUACUGGAAGAGGAAAAGAGAAGUACCUUUAAGGAGAUGUGGUCUUCUGGAUGUUUUUCAUUUUUUAUUAAACCUAAGCUAGAAGUCAAUCAAAUGUUUAAUCAUCUAAAUGUCUGCAACUAACUAUUAUUUGCUCCUUUUUCACUUCUUGGCAGCUUUCAUUGAACCCAUUGAUGUCUAAGUGUCACAACUAUUGGAUGAAUGCAAUAUAUUACAUGUUUUUAAACAAAAUUAUACCAUUUGCUGUGAUAAAAAGUUGAAAUUUUUAAUGAGUUAAUUACAAUGCAUUUGAAAUGUACAGUUUAAAUUAACUUUGUUAUAUCAGUAUGGGAAGGUGGUUUCCCAACAAUAGGUGAAGUCAGUAUUGUGGUAAUGUAAUAUAGAGAAGCAAGGUAAACUGUAUUUUCCUCAUAGCUUUUUUUGUAUAUAGGGGAAACAGCGCCACUGUCCACCCCCACAGCUGUUGUUCAUGUUUUUGUUUUGUUGACGAAGCAGAGCUGGGGAGUGUCGUAGUAACAAAAAAAUGGUGUUCUUCCACGCGUGCAAUCAUGUCCGCUGCAGGGGAAAAAACAGUGUUUGUUGUUUGCAUUAACUUAUUUGGUGGAUGUAAUAUCGCAAACGGAUGUGGCAAUUUCACCAUUAAGGAUUCCAGCUUUAAUGUGGACUCUUAUUAGAAGUGUUUGCAUGUGUGCAAUGUGCAUGGAGUAUUUUUGUCCCACACCAUUUUCUUUACUGCUGUGGGAUAUUAUAGCCGGUUUGGUACGUGAUUAAAGAAGCGGUUGUUUUUAAAUCAAAGCCUAUAUAGAAUGUAUUUGUUAUGUUUAUGACUGUUCAUACUCCUUUGUAUGUUGUGAAUAUGUUGUGCCCUAUUUUUUAUGAAUUGUGUUUGAAAUGUACAUUUGUAGAGAUGUUCAUUAUUAAAUAUUUAUUUCCAUAACUAAAAGCUGUUCAUUGAAAUAG